UCAAUAUGGCGGACGAACGUGAGUUUUAAAUCAAUGAACUCGACCGGUUUGAGUAAUCCUUACCAAGUACUUGGCGUUUCUGCAAACUCCAGCCACGAGGAAAUUAAACGAACUUAUCAAAGACUUGUUCUCAAGGUACACCCAGAUAAAUUGGACGGAUCAUUAAGUCAAGAAGAUCGCGACAAGGCCUAUGAGAGGUUUCUGGCCAUUGACAAGGCUUGGAAAGUCCUAAAUAACCAGGAAACAAGGGCAGACUGUGACAAGCAACUCAAAGAGCAGGAUUUGUCACAAGAUUGGCCAGUAAGCGAUGAUGUAGAUUUGGAUGACAUGGAAUAUCAUGAAGAUACAGAGAGUUAUUCAAGUUUGUGUCGCUGCAGUGGAAAGUAUGUGUUAAGUGAGGAAGAUUUGGAAAAUGGACACAACAUUGUGUGUUGUUCAAACUGCACCUUGUGUAUCAGAGUAUUAUACAAUGUGGUUUCAGAUGAUGCUAGUAAUGACCUGUGACAGAGCAAGGAAAUAAUUUCUGGAGACAAUUUCUUCUUGUGGUAGAAAACUAGGGGCCAAUAAUUAACUUUCUUGGAAACUGAGGAGAAAAUUGAAAUCAAUGAAAUGUGAAGAUCACUUUCAAGAGGGUGUUGAGAACACAGAGUCCUGUGUUACAAUCCUGAAGCUUGUUUGUUACAUGUAGCUCUCAACAUAGUAAAGAUAAUACUGUUAUCUUUUGUUGCCCACUCAGUUUGAAGAACAAACUACCCUGCUGAACGAAGUACAAUUCAUAGCACUCUGUGAUUAUGUUUGGUGGCCUUCCUAGCAAAUAGGAAAGUGAGUUUAGAUAGGAUACAUGUAUUAGUCAGGGAGGGGAUAGAAUGAAAAAUACCACACAAGGACCCAACAUGAGUUUAUACCCUUUUGAAGGCUUUUACUCCAUAUUGACACCUUGUUUAGGAUACUUCAAGUAACAUUGAAACCCUGUUUUAAAACUGAGUUUGGAUAAAACUGAUUCUCUAGGGUACAAAAAUGGAACUAGAAAAAUACUUGCAUUUUGUAACACAAUAUUUGUAAACAAAUGAAAAACUAAAAUGAUGAACAAGCAAAAUUUAAUUGGUUGCCUUAAUACCAAGUCACAGCUCCUGCUGUAUUUCACAUUUUGCUGAAUAGCAAUAAAUAAAAUACAUCACAAUUCAA